CCAGUCCUUCAAGUGGUCUGCCAAUCAUAAUCGGAAGGGCUGCAGACCCAGACAAACAGGCCAAGCUCAAGACCUCCGCCCCUUAUCAAGCCUCGCCUGAUAAUGCAAAGUUUCACUGUCCCGUGAUGAGCAGGACUCAUGCCCAACUCACCUGGAUUGAUAACCGACCUUAUCUUCAAGACACCGGUUCCACUCAUGGCACUUGGUACCAGCCAAACCGCGUCUUCGUUGCUGACCCAAAAGGACGCAAGAUUCGCCAUGUGUCUCAUGCGGCAUGGGAAAAGAUCCCAAAAUCACUUCCCUUACAGGAAGGUAUGAACAUCCGAUUCGGUAGGGCGAUCACCAAUCCUUCAAACGGUACUCGUCACACUCCAUUGGAAGUCAAGGUUCGAUUCCACAGACCAGUCCAGCCUUUCAAAUCCGGUACCUACGGCUUGAAGGACUCGCACCUCAACUCAUCGGAUGACAGCAGUGACGAGGAUCGAUCGAUCAAGACUCGGGAUGAUACCGUCGACUGCGCUGGUUUGUCGGCCAUCUCCAAGGAUCGACCACCUGAAGGGCUCUCUGACCAACGCCAUAGUUCCGCUCAAUCUGAUUCCAAGUCUGAAUUGACUGAUGUUGGCCGAAAUAUCAAUCCUCCCGAUUCUACUGUAACUGUUGGGCAUGUGGCACGUUUCUUUGCCCCUCAGGAGGGCAGGAAAGUCCCAGAAGCCGUCGAUCAAUCCUUAUUUAGUAAUUCACCCUCCAACUCCACCAGAUCAUCAGACGAGAAUCCUUCUCCAGUGUUCGAUACGUCCAUCUCACCCACUCGUCCUAACGUCAACUCAACCGGUCCCGGACCCAAACAAUCAGACACAUGCCUCCAACAGCUUUCUUCUGUUGCCUCUCACCCCGCUAAGAAAAAGGAGUCAGGUUUUUUCUUGGACGUCGAGUCGAUAGAUGAAGAGAAGGGUCAGCGCAGUAGCAAGGUCGAAGAAGGUAAUCGUGAUGUCGAUUUGCAGAGCACUUACGGUGCCAAAGGAGUGCAUAGUGACCUUGAACAAGACCACGGCCAUGUCGGACAAGAGCAUAGUAGUGCCGAAGAGGGACACAGCAACGCCGAAGAAGAACACAGUGAGGUCGAGGAGGAAGAUAGUGGCAUUGCCAAUGAUUCUAAAGAUCCGGAAGGAGAACCCGCUUCUCAACUGAACGCUCAGCAAAAACGACAAGUCGAACCCAAAGGGCCCCACACUCAUAACCAAAACGAAGCAGUCCAGACUGACGCACAUGAAGACAGUGAAGCGAGUGUGGAAAGUAUCCAAGUGAGCGGGAACGAAGAUUCAUCAGAAGACUUGUCUUCCUCGGCCUCUUGUCAAGAAAUUUCCCCGCCGAAGGUCUCCUCGGUCGUAGACUCUGUCCAAAAGAAACAUGUCUCGAAAUCUUUCAAGGAUGUUUCGGUCGUGACGACUAUCACCAGUCAGACCCAAUUCACUGAGUCAUUGAACCGAUUACCUGAGAGCCUCGCCAAGACCAUCCAGUCUCCGAAAAUGAAGCGCGUACAUAAAUCUGGUGGCGAGCAAGAAACGCCAAGGAAUCGCGCGGCUUUGGGUGGGAACUCGACUUCAAGGGACCCACAAGCACCUCCUGUAGCAGCAGCUGAUGAACUAGCUCCGGCACCGCCUGUCCAAACUAAGAGAAAGAGACCGGCUGAGUUUGACGAAGAGGAGUCUGGGAACGUGACGACCAAGACGCUGGUCAGCUCUCGAAAAGUGAACAAAAGAGCUCCAGUGAGUGUCUGCCAACACUGUGCCCACGGGGCUCAUCCGACCAAGAAGCCCAAGUUGUCUAGCAAGCUUGUCUCCGCCGCUCAAUCCAUCGCGAUCUUUGCGCUCGGUGGCGUCGCUACUGUCGCUGGUAUCCUGGCUUUCGAAAACGUGAUCGAGUAGUCCCAUCCCCCUCUCCUCUCAAUUUCGUCAGUUUUAGUGUAUCCUAUCCCGUCUCAAAAACAACAAAAGAGAAAAAAAAACCAUUUGGCAGUGAUUUCUUUAUGACUUGAUUUCCUACCCAAACCUUAUUCCUCACUCUCUCCUUCUUCAGAGUCAUUUUACUAGCUAACCAGUUUGUAUGUACAUACAAACAUUGUGUUCUCACCAUUCUAAGCUUGUUUAGAAGGAUGGGACAGUGUACAGAACAUCUUAUGUAUUUUUAUCUUCUACUCUUUUCUUUUCUUUGUGUUUUUUUUUGUUGUUGUUGGUAUGUAAAUAUGCAGAUACAUCUAUGAAUACAUAUACAUACACGCCUAGAUAUAUGUGUAAAAUGAAGGCUCCCAAUCAACUGAUCAUGUUAUUUUUACUGGUUUCUUUCCCAUUGUUCAAGGUACUUGGUAAUCAAAAAGAAUCUCCUCUUCUAUUAUUUUGGCCACUUCUGUAAGUUACCAGUUGUUUGUACCCUCUUGUUUUGAAACAAUGAAAACCUUAACACA